AUAAAUAAAACAGUUAACCUUGAGGGUGAUAUUUGCAUCGUGGGUCUCCUGACCAACGAACGUAGCUAUAUUGUUAGUUAUUAGAAUUAUCAUUCGAAUAUCCAAAAGAAAUGACGCCAGUCCCCCAGGAACCGGUGCAGCAUGAGGCGGCGUCCAGCGACCGGGUGGUGAUCUCCGGGAUGUCUGGGCUCUACCCCAACGCUCAUAAUGUUGAGGAACUCUCAGAAAUCUUGUAUAAUAAGGUGAACCCCAUCACGGCGGAUCACAAGAGAUGGACGUACAACCACCCAGAAGGUGCCCAGCACAUCGGCGCAGCCCCGGACCUCACACUGUUCGACUCACAGUUCUUCAAGGUCCAUCGCAGGCUUGGCAACAACAUGGAUCCGAUGGGACGAAAGAUAUUGGAGGAAUCGUACAAGGCUAUUUAUGAUGCUGGAUUGAGUCCAGAACACCUUUCCGGGAAAAAGGUCGGUGUGUACAUUGGAACUUGCUUUUCCGAGUCUGAAAAGGCUUGCUUUUACGUCGCUUCUUCGAGAACCGGCUUUGGCAUUGCAGGAUGCAGCAAGACUAUGUUUGCGAACCGCGUCUCCUAUUGGUUGAAUGCGAAGGGUCCAUCACAUGCUAUUGACCAAGCGUGCUGCAGCUCAACUGCAGCAGUUGAAGAAGCUUAUAAAGCUAUAAAGAGAGGGGAAUGUGAAGCUGCUAUAGCUGGGGGUUCCGGCUUGUGUCUACAUCCACAGUCUUCUAUUCAUUAUGGAAGGAUCACAAAAUUAUCCAAGGAUGGUAAAACUAAAUCUUAUGAUCAAAAUGCUGAAGGACUUGCAAGGUCUGAUGCUGUUUCCGUUUUGUUCCUUCAAAAAGCUCAGAAUGCUCUAAGAAUUUAUGGAGAAGUAGUUCAUAUAAAAAAUGAGUUCCUUGGUAUAAAGGAAGGAAGAAUUGGUCCUAAAUUUGGUUUUGAUCGAAACACUAUUACUAUGGCUGCUUUUAUAAAGAAAGUUUACGAUGAAGCUGGUAUUCCACCUUCUGUUGUGGAAUAUGUGGAAGGCUUUGGAUCAGCUGAUCCAGAAGCUGAUAAAAGCGAGUUGGAAGCUCUGGCCGCAGUCUUCCCACGGGAUAAAAAGGAACCAUUAUUAUUGGGAAGUGUGACGUCGAACAUAGGUUAUACAGAAGCCGCGAGUGGAGUAACGGCUAUAACUAAAGUAUUACUAGGAUACCAUAAAGGGGAGUUGGCAGGAAAUUUGCAUCAUGAGACGCCUCGUCAAGAUGUACAAGCGGUGCGUGAUGGACAUGUGAAAGUGCUUGAUGAUAAUUACAAGUUCAAGAGAUCCUUCACAGCCAUCAAUGGGUUAUCAACUACAGGAGUCAACUCUCAUGUUGUGCUUCAUGGAAAUUAUAAACCAAAGGAUACCAAUCGAUACAAAUCGAGCAUCCCGUGGUUGGUAACAGUGUCUGCGAGAAUGGACACAGCAGUUGAGAAAAUGCUGGUGCAGCUGAAGACCAGACCCGUGGACCCGGAACAACUGGCACUGUUGCAUAAUAUCCACAGCAAGGCCAUAUCUGGACAUUUGGGCAGAGGAUUUAUAAUUUUAGAUACGAAUGCCGAAAACAAAACGGUCAGCUUAUCAGAAAAAGCAGAUUAUUUCGAUGACGUCAAGCGCCCCCUGGUCUUCGUGUACAGCGGCAUGGGAUCGCAGUGGGCCGGUAUGGGUGCUCAACUCAUGAAGAUACCUAUUUUCGCAGCAGCUAUAGAACGAUGCAACCGAAUACUCAAACCUAAAGGCAUUGACAUCGUCCACAUAAUAACAACUCCUGAGGAGAACAUCUUCGACAAUAUUCUCCAUUCCUUCGUUGGUAUCGCCGCUGUACAGAUUGGUCUAACAGACGUCCUGAAGGCUGUUGAACUAGUGCCAGACUUUAUUAUAGGUCACAGUGUAGGCGAACUGGGAUGCGCGUACGCUGACGGAUGCUUCACGGCUGAGGAGAUGAUCCUGGCUGCUUACUACCGAGGGCUGGUGUCCCUGCAGACGCCAUUCAUAAAGGGCUCCAUGGCUGCAGUCGGGAUUGGGUAUCAGAAGAUCAAAGACAUGUGCCCCCCAGAAAUAGAAGUGGCCUGUCACAACGGCCGCGACUCCUGUACCAUAUCGGGUCCUGAAGACGCGAUGAAGAAGUUUGUAGAGAAGCUAACGGCAGAGAGGAUCUUCGCUAAAGAAGUGCCAUGUUCUAAUAUCGCGUACCAUUCUCGGUAUAUUGCGGAAGCUGGUCCAGCACUCAGGAAACACUUAUCAGAAGUAAUCAAGACCCCAAAAGCUCGCAGUAAAAGAUGGUUGUCAUCUUCUGUACCUGCCGAUAAAUGGAACGAACCCUCGGCCCAGUAUUCAUCUGCCGAGUACCACACCAACAAUUUAUUGAGCCCCGUACUAUUUGAAGAAACCUCUCAACUGUUACCAACAAACGGGGUGAUGAUCGAGAUCGCGCCGCACGGGUUACUCCAGGCCAUUCUGAAGAGGUCCAUGCCUGACAGCUGCACCCACAUUGCUAUGACCAAACGAGGCCACCCAGACAACGUGAUCAAUGUGCUUGAAGCUAUUGGCAAUUUAUAUGUCGCUGGCUACGUCCCAAGAGUUAGUGCGCUCUAUCCCAAGGUUGACUUCCCAGUUUCAACUGGCACUCCGUUUUUGUCCAACCUGGUUCAUUGGAUGCAUAGUGAGCAAUGGGGCAUUUCAUUGUACAUGUCCGCACAAAGAAACAAAAUAGCAUCUUGUAAAUUUGUGGUGUCCUAUCACGACGAUGAUUAUAGUUUUCUGCAAGGGAAUGUCAUUAGAGGAAAGACAGUAUAUCCAUACGCGGCGGCACUAGUCGCCGUGUGGGACACCCUGGCGAUGUCCACAGGGCAGAAGAAGAAGCAGCUAUCAGUACAGUUCAAUGAUAUACAUCUGUAUGCACAGCCCAUACUCCACGACAGAAGAUAUUUGAGGAUCCAUGUCAAUUUGCACCGGGGUACUGGAAUGUUUGAAGUUCUUGAUGGAGAUUCAUUAGUUGCAACUGGAUACAUAGUAAGAAAAAUAGUGCCUGUCAAAAAAAAUAUCGUUCAUCAAAUACCGGAGUACGAAGGGAAAAUGCUACAAAGCGAUGAAGUUUACCAUCAGCUACAAAAGAGAGACUAUUCAUAUAGCGGAGAAUUCCUUAGCAUCCAUGACAUGAGUGAAAAUUGCAACAAAGCACAUUUGCUAUGGUCUAACAAUUGGACUACCUUUAUUGAUGGGUUGCUACAGCUGUACACUUUACACCGUAAAACUGAUGGAGUAUCUGAGCCACAUCUUAUCAGAAGUAUGAGUAUAGAUGUGAAGGAGCAUUUUAGGAACAUAUUGCAUGCAGAUAAGACAACGGUUUUGGAAGCAGAUUUUGUCCCAGAACAUGAUUUAAUGUGUUGUGGUGGAAUAAUGUUAGAGAGUGUGGUAUUCCGUGAUUUCUCACCGGUUGUGAAAGAAAUUGCACUUAAAUCUCUAAAAUUUGUCCCUCGCCAUCGAUUCGGCGAGAGUGAUUUAGCAGAAACUUUACAAGUGUAUCUACAAAUCAUUAUAGAAAAUAUAAAUAAAAGCGAUCUAAACAUUGUUGACACUAUUUAUGAAUCUGAUUCUGAUGCCGCCAAUGAAAUUAAGCGCAUAUUAAAUAGUGACACUAAGUCAAAAUUAACAUAUAAACAAGCAAAUAUGGAAAUGAUCAAAACAUUAGAUAAUGUUGAUGUUCUAAUAACUAAAAACUUGUCUAAAGAUGAAAAACUGACAGGAAUACUCCACGAAACAAUACCAAGGAAUACAUUUAUUAUCAAUAUGGAAGAUUCAGACAAUACAAAAUUACGCCCAUCCAAUCUUUACCGAGUGGUUUCGACUUCUAAUCACAAGAAAAUUAGAAUUGAGCUCGCGAAAUGGCGGCCUUUAGUUCCUACAACUGGAAUUAUUACCAUCACUGUAAGAAACCAUUCCGAUCUAUCUCUGCUAUCAACUUCAAGAGCUAAUCUCCCAUUGGGGCAUAAAUUAGUUAUUUUAACGUCAUAUCCUCAAAUUCCUGGACUUAAAGAUCUAGUAGCAGCAUGGCGGAAUGACACAGAACGGAAUCAAAUUUAUCUGAUAGCCAUGAGCCAGGAUGCAGAAAGUCAAUGCUUGACCCAACUCCCUGAUUUAGAUUUGGCAUUCAACGUAUUGAAUAAUGGCACUUGGGGUGGAGAAUUUUAUUUACCAUAUAUUGAAAAAUUGUCAACGGAGAGUGUUGCGAAAUUGCAAAGCUUGCGAUUAGGAGACAUGGAAUCUUUGAGAUGGGUUGAACAACCUGCAUUGAAGGGCUCCGGUAUUCCAGCCACGGUCCAUUACUGCAGUUUCAACCACCGUGACGUAAAACAAGCUAUGGGGGUGUCGAAAUAUGACGAGGACAAUGUUAGAUCAUACGCAAUGGAGUUCAGCGGAGUGACUGACAGCGGUGAACGUGUAAUGGGAUUAAUACCAAAAGGAGCCGCCAGUUCCCGAGUGCUAGCGAUCCCUGAGCUGCUGUGGCCGGUACCAGAUCACUGGAGUCUUGAGGAUGCUGUUACUGUUCCACUGGCAUAUGCCCAGGCUAUCCACUGCUUAUUCAUCAAAGGGGCUUUAGUAGACAUAGAGAACAUAUUCGUGCACUCUGGCGCUGGAGGCCUGGGGCAGGCUGUUAUAAACCUCGCCCUGGCUCGCGGCAGCAGAGUGCUUACAUCAGUUGGUAGCAUUGAGAAGAAACAGUUCCUUCUGAGACUGUUUCCAAUGUUGGAUGAGAACGAUAUUGGAAAUUCAAGGGACCACACAUUCGCGGACAUGGUCUUAACGCGCACUAAAGGAAAGCGUUGUGCUAUGGCUUUUAAUACAGUUGAAGGUGCACUUAAAAAUAGCACCCUUCACGUCACCGGUCAUAAUGGUAUCACCUUCGAUUUCUCCCAAAUAUCUAAUGCGGAACACUAUAAUUUCGGGAUGUAUAACUUAAUUGAAGAUAGAGCGUACAUUAUUAUGGAUGCAUCUACUCUAUUUUCGAAAAUGGAUGUUAUGAAAAGAAUCCAGAAACUAUUGGCCGAAGGUGUGGCUCAGGGUUAUGUGGUGCCGCUGACUCGCAUCGUAUUCCCUCCGAACGAAGCGACUCGGGCGCUCAAACUCCUGGCAUCUGGGAACCAUAGGGGCAGGGUUGUGUUGAAACUACACGAUUUUGAUAUACGAGGACAACCCAGAAUCGUUUGCUGCCCUGAAUAUUGUCACCUUGUCAUAACAGAUGAUUAUGACUAUUCACGCCAUUGGGUGAAAAGGCUGGUAGAUCGUGGUGCUAAAAAAAUAAGAGUACAUUCUUUGACAGCAAAUAGUAAUAUACUAACCGAAGUAACAACAUGGAAAAAUCAAGAUGUGGAUAUAGGAAUUACUUCUGAUGGAGAUUUGAAUAAUAUCAAAGGAGUGCUUGGUUUGCUAAAUCAUUGCGUUAGAGCUGGUCCGAUUGAGGGUAUUUAUAUCAUUGACGGGAAUAGCAAGUUCAGCCAGAAGAUGGUGGAUAACUUGGACAUUGUUGCAAGGAAAUCAUGUCCUGCACUUAAGUAUUUCGCCAUUGUGGGUGACAAUAAGUUAUUGGGACAAACAAUGUGCAAAUCCAGAGCUAAGGAUGGAUUGCCGGCCAACAAACUUAUUAUACCUAUAAAGAAUAAGCUUAGCAGUUCUCAUUUGGAUGCAAUGGAACAAGCUAUUCGCUCAAAAGAACCAGUACUAAUUGCAAAUUGUCGAGACAAUAAGGAGUUUUGUCUGCUACAACAGAUAGCUUCUAUAGCUGAAAUAGAAAUUCCUGCUAAUGUCGAUGGCAGUACCACUCUAGAAGCUCUAGGCAUUAAUGACGAGAAGUUGAAAUCAUUAUAUACAUUUCUGAGGGACAGUUACAGUUUUUGUUACAGUGACGACAAGUUAAAAUCUCUGACAAUUGAUCGGAUCAAAUAUUUAGAGUCGAUGAUUACUGAAUCAGAAUUUCAAGAAGUGGAGGGUUUGAAGAACUACUUCCUCUACGUUGAUUCGGACGAGCUCUUGGCUACAACUGAAAUGGUGUUUUUGCCUACUAUGGGCAGUAAUUCUACUAUGAGAGCUGACGAAUUCGACCUGACCCAGACAUACUUAUGCAUGGUGCCAGGUCUCGAAGGUCACAACCAGCGUUUCAAGAUGCUAUGUGAGAGGCUGAAGCUACCAGCUCUCGUGCUGCAACCAGGCCUGGACAAUCUUCAGGAGACGAUACCUGAAAUAGCUAGGAGAUACGCUGAGACCUUGCUUAAGAAAACGGAACUGAAAUCUUUCUUCUAUUUAUUGGGCUACGAGUGCGGUGUACUCAUUGCUUUGGAGAUGGCCGCCAUUUUGGAACAACAUGGCCUCACUGGUACGGUCUACUGUAUCGGUGCUUCCCCAGAAGAUUUCAAACAGACGCUAGAGAAAAAUUUAAACAAUUACAAAACAAAAGAAGAUCUUCAAGAUGCAGUAGCACAGCACAUGUUCACGAUUAUGGGAGGAGACAUCAAACAGCUUAAAGAUUUAAAGAACUAUCGUACUUGGGAUGAAAAGGUUCAAGCCGCUGUGAGAACACUAGUUGGUCAGGUUCCACAUUCCGCUCAAUAUGCUCACGCGUUGAUAAAAGCAGCAUACUCCAGAAUUCUUCAGGUCAAGAAUUAUAAGCCAAAGCCGUUCAGCCUACGUUCGCAAAUCGUGCUGAUGCGCGCUUUCGAACAACAAGGAAAUUUACAGAUGUAUUCCAAACGACCAGUGAUCGUUUACGAUUUGAAAGCAAAAAUGGUGAACGCUGCUUAUGAUUUGCAAUGUUCUAACAUCAUCAAUAGACAUUUAGAUAAAAAGCUAAUUGAAGAAUUCAAUGAGAAGAAUAUUUGUGACAGUUAUCUCACGAAUGGUGAUACUUAUAUGGUUAUCAACUAAUGUUUUAUUUUGUAUUUUCUUUUGUGGCUUAAUACCGAUC